UUUAAACCCGGGGCUGGGCGGGGAUUGGUGGGCUGGGCGGUCACGUGGCUAACGGUCGCGGGAAGCCGCGGAGUCCGAACCCGCGGCUGGACUUGCGGAGACCUGAGCCUGGGCGCUCGGGCCGCCCCGCCGCCGCCGCCGGACAGUCCACGCUGCCGCCGCCGCUGCCCCCACAGCCGCCCGCAGCUCCGAGCGCCCGGGAGCCGCCGCCCGCCGCCACGCAGCCCCGCCGCCGCGGCCUCCGGACGCGCCCCGCCGCACGUGGCAGACCCGCCCCCUGGGCAGGCUGCGCCCUGGACUCCGCGAGUCCGGGUCCUCGGGUCCUCCGUGCCGGCCCCCGGGGCGCGAUGAGCUUCCUGAGCGGGCAGCGGCCGCCGCCGCCCCGCCGCGCCGGCGCCUCCUGCACCUUGCGGCAGAAGCUCAUCUUCUCGCCCUGCAGCGACUGCGAGGAGGAGGAGGAGGAAGAGGAGGAGGAGGAGGGCAGCGGCCAUAGCACCGGGGAGGACUCGGCCUUCCAGGAGCCUGACUCGCCGCUGCCGCCCGCGCGGAGCCCCCCAGAGCCCGGGCCGGAGGGCCGCCGCCGCUCGCCCGGCCCGGCGCCCCGCAGCCCCGGGGAGCUGGAGGAGGAGGAGGACGUGGGGAUGCGCAGCGCCUCCCCGGGCGCCGACGCGUCCGGCAGCGGCGGCGGCGGGGCCGAGGGCGACUCGUGGGAGGAGGAGGGCUUCGGCUCGUCGUCGCCGGUCAAGUCGCCAGCGGCCGCCUACUUCCUGGGCAGCUCCUUGUCGCCGGUGCGCUUCGGCGGCCCGGAGGACGCGUCCCCGCGCGGCUACGGGGAGCGCGGCGGGGCCGGCGAGGCGUCCUGCUCGCCGCUGCGGGAGCACCCGGGCACCCCGCCGCACAAGACCUUCCGCAAGCUGCGGCUCUUUGACACGCCGCACACCCCCAAGAGUUUGCUCUCCAAAGCUCGAGGAAUUGAUUCCGGCUCUGUUAAAAUCAGAAGUGGUUCUCUAUUCAUGGAUACAGAAAAAUCAGGAAAAAGAGAAUUUGACAUUCGACAGACUCCACAAGUGAAUAUUAAUCCUUUUACUCCAGAUUCUUUGUUACUUCAUUCCUCAGGACAGUGUCGUAGAAGAAAGAGAACAUACUGGAAUGAUUCCUGUGGUGAAGACAUGGAAGCCAGUGAUUAUGAAUAUGAAGAUGAAACAAGACCUGCUAAAAGAAUUACAAUUACUGAAAGCAAUAUGAAGUCACGGUAUACAACAGAAUUUCAUGAGCUAGAGAAAAUUGGCUCUGGAGAAUUUGGUUCUGUGUUUAAAUGUGUGAAAAGGCUGGAUGGGUGCAUUUAUGCCAUUAAGCGAUCAAAAAAGCCAUUGGCCGGCUCUGUUGAUGAGCAGAACGCUUUGAGAGAAGUAUAUGCUCAUGCAGUACUUGGUCAACAUUCUCAUGUAGUUCGAUAUUUCUCUGCAUGGGCAGAAGAUGACCAUAUGCUCAUACAGAAUGAGUAUUGUAAUGGUGGAAGUUUAGCUGAUGCCAUAAGUAUAAACUAUAGAAGCAUGCGUUACUUUAUAGAAGCAGAGCUGAAGGAUCUCCUUUUGCAAGUUGGCCGGGGCUUGAGAUAUAUUCAUUCAAUGUCUUUAGUUCACAUGGAUAUAAAGCCUAGUAAUAUUUUCAUAUCUCGAACCUCAAUCCCAAAUGCUUCCUCUGAAGAUGGAGAUGAAGAUGAAUGGAUAUCUAACAAAGUUAUCUUUAAAAUAGGUGAUCUUGGGCAUGUAACAAGAAUAUCUAGUCCACAAGUUGAAGAGGGUGAUAGCCGUUUUCUUGCAAAUGAAGUUUUACAGGAGAACUAUUCCCAUCUACCAAAAGCAGAUAUUUUUGCCCUUGCCCUCACAGUGGUAUGUGCUGCUGGUGCUGAACCUCUCCCCAGAAAUGGAGACCAAUGGCAUGAAAUCAGACAGGGUAGAUUACCACGGAUUCCACAAGUGCUUUCCCACGAAUUUACAGAGUUGCUAAAAGUUAUGAUUCAUCCAGAUCCAGAGAGAAGACCUUCAGCAGCGGCACUGGUAAAGCAUUCAAUAUUGCUGUCUGCUUCUAGAAAAAGCGCAGAACAAUUACGAAUAGAAUUGAAUGCUGAAAAGUUCAAAAAUUCACUUUUGCAGAAAGAACUCAAGAAAGCCCAGAUGGCAAAAGCUGCAGCUGAGGAAAGAGCACUCUUCACUGACCGGAUGGCCACUCGGUCCACCACGCAGAGUAAUAGAACAUCUCGACUUAUUGGAAAGAAAAUGAAUCGCUCUGUCAGCCUUACCAUAUACUGAACUACUUACUUCCCACCUCCCCCAAAAAACUGUGACAAGAGGAAGUUAAAGCUAGGUUGAAAUCACUGCUAGAAUCCAGUUUGCAAUUACUUUCUUAAAAUGGAUGUCAGUAGUUUUACUGAAAUACUUUUUAGGACUUUUAUUUGUGAGUUACAGUUAAAAGCUGUAUUUUGACCAGUGCUCUAUCAGGCUUUCAUUAGUUGAUCAGUUUGUCUUCUCUAGGAUGUCAGUCACUGUUGGAUGUUACCAUCAGCCUUUCCAGGGUGAACCACUACGGUGGUGUGCUGCUGAUAGUUUGCAUUGUGAUAAAAGGUAUCCUUCCCUGUAGUGACUUGUAAAAAAGGACCAAGGGCUUUAUUACAAACAUUCUCCCUUUGAAAAGAGAAAUAGUAAGAGAAUCAGUUACUACUCGGCCUUCAAUGUACCUGUGUGUCAGUCAUAUUUCUUUUUCUUUAAUUGUGAAUUAUAUUUGUAUAUCCAACUGGGAGCACUUUUGGGCACUGUAUGAGCCAUGGAGUAAUUCUGUGGAAGUAUUGCCUUGUGAAUUUGCUGCUAUUUUAGUUUUGUCUUUGCUGUAAAAUUGUAGCAUUAAACAAUCAUUGUUGUUAAUAGGCUUUUUUUUAAAAAAAAAAAACAAUUAUGUGAAAUACAUAGCUGCUCUUGAUGAAAAGCAGCUUAUUUGCCUUUUUUCCCUUUGAACUUUGAAGCUAGUGCAUUGGAGAAAUGCAUCCUUUCCCCCCUUUGGAAUGCUGUAUUAAUGUAGUAUAAUUAUUGCUGGUUUUGUAAUUUUUUCUGAUAAUCCCCUUCCCUGAAUUUUUAAAAAAUAUUUCCUCUCACCACCUAAGUUUGUACUUGAUUGUAUUGUUAGUCUGUUUUUAACUGUUUUGCCCAGUUUCCCUUCAACAUUGGUGUAUAUAAACUAAUCUUGGUGAUACUGUACAUAGCUGUUUGAAAUGCCAGAAUGACUUAUGACUAUACCAAGCUUUUCAUAAAAUAUAUUUUAUCUGUAAUUAGCCACUUGACUAAUAGUACUGGCUAAUAGAUAUUGAAAAAAUUUUGUUUAUUUUUUAUUUUCCUAUUGAUUUUGAUUUAAGACUUGUUUGCACUUGUCUGUUUGACUUGUGUAUUAUUAACAUUGUUUGGCAUAUUAAAAGUCACUCUGAGCUUA